CAGUUAAAGAGAAACGUCCGUUACUUGGUCAGCUAAAAAAACUAUUGAAACGCAAAGGCAGUGAUGGCGAAAAGUAUCUAGGUAUUUUAAUCUGUCAAAUGUUCUCGGUUCAGCAUACCGAUAUUCAAAACUGUGGUCUAACGACGCCGAUAGACUAGCUAGAAGCCACUUUGGGGACGCUCUGCCAGCGGGACUGACAGUAGACGGGAUGAUCUCGGACUGGGGUCUGAUCAGUGAGAGGUCCCUGUGACUGUGAAUGGGUCUGUGAAAUACAUUAGGAUGAGCGGGCUCCACUCCAUCGCUGCCUGCGUGGACUGAGAGACACCACCUUAUACACAGCAGUCGAUGCGUUCUUCCACUGCAUCACCCGUGGCUGAGAAUCCAGCAUGUCUCGCGUCUCCACCACCGCCAAGCGUUACACCGGCUCCUCCUAUACCAGUGCCUAUAGCUCCUAUGGCUCCUCCCUGACACCCUCCUCCCUCAACUCCUACACCUCCGACCGGGACAGGCUGACCUCCUACAGGAGCAACGCUGCCUCCUCCUCCGGCUACUCCUCCUCCAGCUACCUGAGCAGCGCCGCCAGCCGCGCCCGCAACUACAGCACCUCCUCGGAGCUCGACCGGGGCCGGCCCAUCCCCCGCACUGACCUCCUGAGCAGCAGCAGCCGGCGCAGCGAGAGCCUGAGCCGCACCCCGGUGAGGACCUAUGGCUCGUCGGGCCUGAGCGGCGGCUCCGGUUACACUGGCUACAGCAGCUACUCCUCGUCCACCACGCCCAGCCGCUCCAGCUACCUCUCCUCGUCGCCCGGGGCCUCCAGCAUCUCUCUCAGCCGCCGGAGGUCGUCGAGCCAGAGUGACCUGACGCGGGACCUGUCGUCGCUGGGCCUCACAGAGCCCACGUCCCCCUCAUCCUCCUCCUCCAGUGCCCUGAGGGGUUACCGGAGCAGGGCCAGCGAUGUGGCCGACUCCUACAACAGCAGCCUGCAGAGCUCCAGCUAUGGCCUGUCCCACAGCGCCACGCAGGAGGCCUUGAGCAGCAGCAACCUAAAGAGCGGUGGUGGUAGCCGCUUCACCUCCUCCUAUGAGAGGAGCGACAGCAGCAGCAAUGGACGAUCCAGCUCCCCCACCAGGGACUCCCUGAACUCCAAGAGCACCCAGGGCCUGGUGGGCCUACGGAACCUGGGAAAUACCUGCUUCAUGAACUCCAUCCUGCAGUGUCUCAGCAACACGCACAACCUCCGGGACUACUGUCUGCACAACUCCCACCGACGCGACCUUAACAAAAACAGCCGCACCAACACUGGGGCCCUCAUGGAGGAAUUUGCCAAGCUCCUCCAGACCAUGUGGACGUCCUCGAGCAGCGAGGCGGUCGGCCCCUCAGAGUUCAAAACUCAGAUCCAGAGAUACGCCCCCCGAUUUGUGGGAUACAGCCAACAGGACGCCCAGGAGUUCCUGCGCUUCCUGCUGGACGGGCUGCACAACGAGGUAAACCGGGUCACGGUGCGGCCGCGGGGCAGCUCAGAGGACUUUGACCACCUGCCUGACCGAGAGAAAGGGGAUAGAAUGUGGAGCAAGUACCUGGAGAGAGAGGACAGCAAAGUAGUGGACCUGUUUGUGGGUCAGCUGAAGAGCUCGUUGACUUGCAGCACAUGUGGCUACUGCUCCACUGUCUUUGACCCCUUCUGGGAUCUCUCGCUACCCAUCGCCAAGAAGGGCUAUGGAGAAGUGAGUCUGAUGGACUGCGUGAGUCUCUUCACCAAAGAGGAUGUGCUCGACGGAGAUGAAAAACCAACGUGCUACAGGUGUAAAGCCAGAAGACGAUGCACAAAGAAGUUCACUGUACAGAAAUUCCCCAAGAUCUUAGUGCUUCAUCUGAAACGCUUCUCUGAAGCGCGGAGAACCAGCAAACUGUCCACAUUUGUCAACUUCCCCAUGGAGAAACUGGACCUCAGGGAGUUUGCCUCGGAAAACAGCAUAAAUGCAGUUUAUAACCUGUACGCAGUGUCCAAUCACUCAGGCACGACCAUGGGUGGCCACUACACAGCGUACUGUCGCAACCCCACCUCGGGAGAAUGGUACACGUUCAAUGACUCCAGAGUAUCGCCAAUGUCCUCCAGCCAAGUGCGCAGCAGUGACGCCUACGUGCUGUUCUACGAGCUGGCCUCCUCCUCGCGGAUGUGAGGGCCUCCCGGAGGAGGAGGUGUGGGCACUGCGGGCGGCGGGAGGGAGGUGGAGGGCACUGCGGGCGGGAGGAGGAGGAGGUGGAGGGCACUG